AUGGAGAAUUAUGUGAUCCUUAAGGUCAUUAAAGUGGAGUAUCCAGUCGAUAGAAAAAAGAUUGUCCUCGACACCCUCUGCUUUUUGCGUUUAAUCGAGGUGACCAAACCACAGAAGCUGCUCGAGAGAUUUGUGGAAUGUAUGGCGAAGAUGCGAUGCCUCUUAGGAUGGCUCAAAUCGGCGGAUGCACGAAUUGUGGAGGAACCGUUGGCGAGUAACGAUUGCUCACCGCAAAUGAAUCUGCCAUUGAUGGAGGUUGCGGAGAAAAUAUGCGAACUUUGCCAUGAGUUCCACAAUCAUGAAGUGCCUAAUAUGCGAGCAGAAUGCAGAUCAGAGUGUUUCUCAACGGAUAAAUUCCGAACGUGUAUGCGAAUGUUCACGAACGCUCCGAAACGUCACAAUCGGCACAGUCGACGACAUCUGUUCGCAUUCUAA